AUGCAAGAUUCUUACAAGGAUAGGACUUCAUUGAUGAAGGGCGCCAAGGACAUAGCCCGAGAGGUGAAGAAACAAACAGUAAAGAAGGUGAAUCAGGCAGUGGACCGGGCCCAGGAUGAAUACACGCAGAGGUCCUACAGUCGGUUCCAAGAUGAAGAAGACGAUGACUGUUCCCCGCCGGGAGAGACCUAUAAUGGGGAGGCCAAUGAUGAUGAAGGCUCCAGUGAAGCUACUGAGGGUCAUGAUGAAGAUGAGGAAAUCUAUGAAGGGGAGUAUCAGGGCAUCCCCCGUAUGAACCAAGGGAAGGACAGCAUUGCGUCAGUGGGGCAGCCCAAGGGGGAUGUGCACAAGGACCGGCAGGAGCUGGAGUCAGAGAGGAAAGCCGAUGAGGAAGAACUAGCCCAGCAGUAUGAGCUGAUAAUCCAAGAGUGUGGUCACGGCCGUUUCCAGUGGGUCCUUUUCUUUGUCCUGGGCAUGGCCCUGAUGGCGGACGGCGUGGAGGUGUUUGUUGUCGGCUUCGUGUUGCCCAGUGCGGAGACAGACCUAUGCAUUCCAAAUUCAGGAUCCGGGUGGCUAGGCAGCGUAGUGUACCUUGGCAUGAUGGCAGGGGCUUUCUUCUGGGGAGGACUGGCAGACAAAGUGGGAAGAAAGCAGUCUCUGCUGAUUUGUAUGUCUAUCAAUGGAUUCUUCGCCUUCCUUUCUUCAUUUGUCCAGGGUUAUGAAUUCUUUCUCUUCUGUCGCUUACUUUCUGGAUUCGGGAUCGGAGGAGCCAUUCCCACAGUGUUCUCCUACUUUGCUGAAGUGCUGGCCCGAGAGAAGCGGGGGGAGCAUCUGAGCUGGCUCUGCAUGUUCUGGAUGGUUGGUGGCAUCUACGCCUCUGCCAUGGCCUGGGCCAUCAUCCCAUAUUAUGGAUGGAGCUUCAGCAUGGGGUCAGCUUACCAGUUUCACAGUUGGCGUGUGUUCGUGAUAGUCUGCGCGCUCCCCUGUGUCUCCUCGGUGGUGGCCCUCACAUUCAUGCCUGAAAGCCCACGGUUCUUGCUGGAGGUUGGAAAACAUGAUGAAGCGUGGAUGAUCCUGAAGUUAAUUCAUGACACAAACAUGAGAGCACGGGGUCAGCCUGAGAAAGUCUUCUCGGUCCACAGAAUCAAAACCCCCAAACAAAUAGAUGAGCUGAUUGAAAUUGAGAAUGACACACGCACGUGGUACAGAAGGUGUUUUGUCCGGAUCCGCACGGAACUCUAUGGAAUUUGGUUGACUUUCAUGAGAUGUUUCAACUACCCCGUCAGGGAAAAUACGAUAAAACUUACAAUUGUUUGGUUCACCCUGUCCUUUGGGUACUAUGGAUUAUCUGUGUGGUUCCCUGAUGUCAUUAAACAUCUGCAGGUGAACAUGUUGCCCAUUGAAAAGAUUGAGAGAGAGAAAUUUUCAAAUUUCAGUGUUAACUUUACAAUGGCAAAUCAGUUGCACACGGGAGCGGAAUACGACAAUGGCAGAUUUCUAGGGAUGAAGUUCAAAUCUGUAACUUUCAAAGAUUCACUUUUUAAGGCCUGCCUCUUUGAGGAUGUGACUUCAGUCAACACCUACUUCAAGAACUGCACAUUUAUUGACACUGUUUUUGACAACACAGAUUUUGAGCCAUAUAAAUUCACUGAUAGCGAAUUUCAAAACUGCUCAUUUUUUCACAACAAGACGGGAUGCCAGAUUACCUUUGAUGAUGACUAUAGUGCCUACUGGAUUUAUUUUGUCAACUUCCUGGGGACAUUGGCCGUGUUGCCGGGGAACAUCGUGUCUGCUCUCCUGAUGGACAGAAUUGGGCGCUUAACGAUGCUAGGUGGCUCGAUGGUGCUUUCGGGGAUCAGCUGUUUCUUCCUCUGGUUGGGCAGCAGUGAGUCCAUGAUGGUAGGCGUGCUGUGUCUGUAUAAUGGAUUGACCAUCUCGGCCUGGAACUCUCUGGAUGUGAUCACUGUGGAACUGUACCCCACAGACCGCAGGGCGACAGGUUUUGGCUUCCUGAAUGCCCUGUGCAAAGCAGCGGCCGUCCUUGGAAACUUAAUAUUCGGCUCCCUGGUCAGCUUCCCCAAAUCGAUCCCCGUCCUGCUGGCCUCCACUGUGCUGGUGUGUGGAGGACUGGUGAGCUUGCGCCUGCCCGACACACGAACCCGGGCCCUGAUGUAA